GUGCAAAAAUGGGGACUUUGUUUCGAGCGAGCGAGAGAGGUGAUGGAGUCAAAACUGAAGCAAAAUGCAAGCAAAAAUCUUCAUUCAAAAGUGCAUUAAGAUUAACAUCACAGCAGAGAAGAUACGUGGAGUACCUACAGCUUUUGCAACUCGUUGCUUCAUCCACUUAAUAUCCUCCUACUCCCAAAUCAUCAAGAGGCGUUAGUGAGGAUUUUGCAUCUAUUACUUGUCAUUUCAAACCCGCUUUGACAACAAGAGAAACUACAGAUAGAGGGCUCUCUAUCUAUUCUUCUUUGUCUCUCGCUUUCAUCUGAAACCCGAUAAUCCGCCACACAGACAAGUCAAGAGAAAACGAUGUCACAUAUUGUGAAUGGCACGCGAUUCCCGCUCUGGGAAGUCCCCGGACUUUGGGAUGCCGAUGAGCCGCAGGUGCCGCGCAAGUUGUUUUUCUCGCCUUUUGAUGGGCAGUCGAAGUUUCCCCCGAAAUACGACGACAAGGAAAUCCGCGCGGAACUGCGGCGCUUGGGAAAACAGCCGGUCUUCGACAGCGACGACGAAAAAGCACUGCACAUGCAGGAGGAUAUGCAGAAGUUACCCACCGGUGCGCGCGGUGCUGCCUCGGUCGCCAACGACGGAGAAGGUCCGGUCACCGGCGGAGGAAAUACGAAAAUGAAGAUGAAAGCCAAGAAGCAAAAGCAGGACGAGUUUGAUGCGGAUAUGGCUGAAGAGAAAGGUAAAACUAAAAGUACGUUUUUAGUGCAGCAUCCACUAUGUCAGAGUUGGCAGUAAACUAGUGCUGGUGCAGAUCGAUGCUCCAUCGAUUAGUUUCACUCUGCGAAUGCCGUAGAGAUAAAUGUAGAGGUAUAGUGAUCAUAUUCAUUGAUUCCAUUAUGAUGACCGGGUCCACAGAAAGAUAGAUUGUUAAUGUCCACAGGUAAGAAUGCGCCUGUUCUGUCCAAGUCGCAAGAGGAUGCUGAGGAGCUGCGCGAGUUUUUUGCCGAGCCGCCCGCUGUUCCGGCCGAGGACGCGAUGUUGAAGCCGGGGGAUGAUGGUGCAGCUGCAAUGGUUCUCCCGAGCGAGGACCCUUUUGCCAGUCCGCCGAACCUGGCUAGCCACUUGCAUGAUUUGGGUACGGGGAAGUUGCUGCAGGAGCUGGGGGUUGUGGACAAACGGGGGCGGAAGAUCAAGAUGCGAAACGCCAAUAAGAACAAGGCAUUUUUGAACACGGACCACGUCCAGAAGCCAUUCGACAAGGUGGACUACAUUUCGACGAAAAAUUACACCAACGCCACGUUGUUGGCGGGGAAGAAAUCCGACUUGUUCCACCAGGUGGCUCGGAGGGAUCCGUUUGAAGCGAAGCGGUUUCAGAUUCCGAAUGCGGCAUUUAUGCGCAUGGCGAAGGGCGUGCUGAUGAAGGUCACAAAGGGGACGGGAUGCAACGCGAAGGGGAAGAAGUAUCGGUUCAACCUCGAGGCGCUCACCCUUUUUCAGGAGGCGACCGAGCGGUACAUCAUCGGGUACAUGGAGGACAUGAACGUCUGCGCCAAGCACGCGCGCCGCAAAACCGUGAUGGUCCGGGACCUUUUGUUGACGAUGCGGAUCCGUGGUGACCACAUCCGCCGGUACGACCAGUCCGUGCAGUACGGGAAGGACACAGGUAUUUCUGCAUUACUUGAUCUGCUACUCUGAGUUUGAAUGUUGUGCAAGUCGCAGAAACGUACGGCUUCUAUCUGCAUUUCCAGGAAAUUCAAUCCAAGGAUGAAAAUACUGCUACUUGCAAUACAGGAUCUUCUAUGCGUAUCAAAACAAAGAAAAGGAAAGCAAAACGAAAACAACUUUACACCACAGCGAACCUCAUCUUUCCGAACUCUGAGGAGGCGUUGCAGCACAUGCGGGAGCAACAGGCUCCGAUGGGCUCUCUGUUUCAGACCGUCGACCCGAUGCCCAACUUGGACCCGUUAGGAGUCAACAAGCUCCAGGGUGAAGCGACGCCAGGGCUGACGAGUGUGUUCAAUCCGGGUGAGGAUCCCGAUCCCUCGAAGAUGUUUGGUCUCCAGGAGCCGACCGGCGGACCCAUGUUGAACCUCAGCCUCCCAGAGCCGCGGGAGGGUAACGACUUCGAUGCCUCGCUCCUGCAAAAUGUCGUUGGUAUUUUCAUUCCUUAUCCUCUGAAUCAAUGAAUGCUCCAUCCUGUUGUAGUAGCCCUAGCCGUCUGAUGUAUGUGUAUCGAACGCUCUCGUGAUUUCACUUUCACACUGCAUCAAGUGCAUGAUACUAGCAAAGGGCAAUAGAACGAAAGACGUGAAAUUCCAACCAGGUGGCGACAUGACGAAGAAUUCCGCGCACCUGUCAAAUGGGCAAACGCUUACCCCGGCGUUCGAUCUGACCCCAGGUGGUGAAAAUAUCCAGGAUGGUGGCAUGACAGUCGUGACCAAUGGUUUGACUCCUGCAGGCAGCGCCACUGUGUCCGGUGGCCUGACUACGGGUGCUAUCACCCCUGCUGUCGCCGAUGACCUGUUCGAGGCGGCGGGAAUCGAGGGUGUCGAGGGCGAAGAUCAUCAAAUGCAAGUCGACAUGUCAGGGGCCAGCUUGACGCCGAAGGAAGGGUGAGGUGAAGUUACAUCAAACAAUGUUGAGUACUAAUUUUGUUUCGUUUUGUUCAGGACAAGAAGAAUUCCUUUCAACCGAAGACGAAGCUCGGAUUAUUACAGGGAUUUUGAAUGAUUUUUGUGGAGAAAACAACGAAAUAGAAGCAGAAUUUUCCCCCAGUGAGCUUUAGAUUUAGAUUCAGAUCGCCGCGCUUCUCACUCACAGCGAGAACUGAAACUACACUACUUCUGCUUUCACACAAAUCUGGAUCGAAAAUGGUAUAGCAGAAGUUUUGCCUUUCUCAAAAGAUAUAAUAGUACUCAUUGCUUUUGUUUUCUGCUCUAGGUUCGUCGCGAACAGUAAGGAUUGCUGUAUGAUUUUUCAUCCUCUUUUAGCUUGAUGGUUUGGUCUUACCUCCCAAAAGAUUAAAAUGCCCUUCAGAUAGCGAGAGAAAUUGAAAUAAUGUGUAUCUCUUGCCUAGAACUUUUCGCGAACUUUUUUUGUUUUUCGAAUUUGAUUUCAUAUCUUUUUGUGAACUUCUUUUUUUGAAUUUUCCUUCCAGCUUUUCAAGCUCGCCUGACUAAUUAUGUUUUGUCUAAGAAGCUUGCUCUACAUUGAAUUUUCCUGUCAAAAUGAACUUUACAGACGAGAGGAAAUUUCUCUCCCUUCCAUUUUUGCGGAUGAGGAAUGUUGUGGAUGUGGAGUGACGUCCCCGCUUCAUCAGGUUGAUCCCUGUAGGUUCGUUCCACGGCAACGACGAAAAGCAUGUAAAACAAAGUCAAACUACAAAAUUUUUCUGCGAGCUUGGUUCUUUUUGAAAUGAAAAUA